AUGUCCUUGCUUUCAGGCAUAUUGGUGGACUCCUGCGUUGGUCCCUCGACAACUUUUUGGAUGUACCUAGCCUGCAAGGCUGUCAGCACAAUUCAUGGAGCAUGGCUCUGCUUCCUCUACAUGGACCACUACGAUGCGGCCGAAAAGAUUUCACGUGAAGACAGUAACACCAAUAUUAAAAGCAUCAAGAAAACUGUAUACGAUUCCAUCCCAGCAACCGCGUUCUCCAAGUACCGAGAAUCCAUAGUCAUCACUCUCUCUUCAAUUGUUACUAUCGAGGUCACCCUAUCAGGCUUCGAUCUCCCAGCGGCCAAUGAUAUAAGUAGUUGGGGCCAGACUGGGCAGAUUCUUGUUGCGCUUGUGGCAUCUUCCUGCUUCACAUAUGGAUUCUACUCCAUGUGGAAAAAUAAGAACGUUGAGAGACGGCGAAAAGCCAUCCAUCAAUGCAGCGUAGGCUCGCAAAGACCAGAUCUGCCCGUCCGCCCGCCGUGCGAUGAUUGGUUUACCUGGGUUAAAAGCCUCCACUUAAUUGUCCGGGACCACCAUCCAUUCCAUUUUUCGCAAUUACGAACCACCGAUCAUUGCCGGAUGGAGAGUAGAGGAUGGGAGGAGAUUAUCUAUAAAUACCUAAGAUGGGAAGACGAAACUCCCGAUCAGCUUCGUCUUAUGCUGCUUGAUGGCGCAAAGCUCGGUGACUGGAAUAACGUCAAAGAUCUGAUAGCAGACGGCGUGGAUGUCAACGUGGUCGGUAGUGAUGGAAAAACCCCUCUACUCAUAGCCGUGGAGGGCGGUGGCGCCGGUCACCUGCGUGUCGUCAAGCUCCUGCUACAGCACGGUACUGUGGAUGUCAACGUGGUUGAUAGUGAUAAAAACACUCCUCUACUCAUAGCCGUGGAGAAGAAUAACCUGUCCCUCGUCGAGCUCUUGUUAGAGCACAAGGCUCAGAUAAUAAUACGCCUUCUAAUGGAAACCAGCGACAUCAACAUUCAGAACAAGAAUGGCGAAACUGCACUUCAUCUUGCUGCCAAGGGACUUUAUAAUGAUAAAAAGGGUAUUGUGGCGGCGGCGUGUAUGCUUUUAGCACUGAAGGCUAGCGAAGCAGCGGUUUCUACACCGAAUCGCUGGGGGCGAACCGCAUUGUAUGAUAUUAUCUCGGUGGUUGGGAUCGGAAAUGAGUGCGAGGAUCUAGUAAAGCUUUUGUUGGAGAAAACCACAAACCUUAAAACACGUGACAUGCAUGAUAACACUAUCCUGCACCAUAUUGUUGAAUCUAUAGUCGAAUCGGCGAGGUAUAUGGGCAAUCCGGUGCUCGAAAAUACAACCGUCGAGAUGUUGAAACUUGUAUUGGAGAAGGACAGUGACAUUGCAGACAUACAGAACAAAGAGGGGAUGAUUGCUCUGCAUCGUGCUGUGAAAGGGACGUUGUACAACGCGCUAAGCGUGCAGGAGGGUCUUGACAAAAAUUUUCUUGCUGUCUUCGACCUCUUAAUACAGAAGACCACUAAGACUGCUAUGUCACUAAAAGAUAAGUGGGAAAAUACUGCACUACAUUAUUACCUUUCGAAUCCGAAUACAUGGUCGAAGGGGUGGCUAGGAAUAACACGGGCUCUCUUGGAAAAGACCAACGAUAUGUCAAUACAGAACGAAGAGGGGAGGACUGCACUGCAUUGUGCUGUGGAAGUGAUAUCAAGGCUGGGGCAGGUGGUGGGGGGCGAAGAUUAUGGUAAUGGAUGGAUCGAUAUUAUCCGCGUGUUCGAGAUCUUAUCCGAGAAAGUCACCCAAGCUGAGAUGUCACUAAAAGAUAAGUGGGAAAAUACUGCACUACAUUAUUACCUUUUCUGUCUGGGUACAUGGUCGAAGGAGUGGCUAGGAAUAACACGGGCUCUCUUGGAAAAGACCAACGAUAUGUCAAUACAGAACAAAGAGGGGAGGAGUACUGUGCUGCAUUGUGCUAUUGACACCUUAGCUUCUGAUAUAGGGGAGCCCGUCGAUGAGACGUUGAAUGCGUUUCUCGGGGCGCUCCGGCUUCUGCUGGAGAAAAUAAACCCAACCGUGAUUUCGAUCCAAGAUCAUCUAGGGAACACCCCACUACACCAUGCGAUUUUAAAACUCGGAGUUCAGGACAUACACAGGUGCCUAUGCGUGGUACCCUUGUUGUUGGAGAAGACCAUCGAACUUGGAACACAAAACAAGGAUGGAAGGACAGCAUUAUCUUGUGCUAUUAAUGCUGUGGCAAAUAUGGAAGGUGAUGAAGUCAAGUACUACGGUCUUGAGUUAAUCAAGGUUUUGUUAGAUACCUGCGACUAUUCAGUAAAGGAUAACGAUAGCCGAGCUCUACUAGAUCUCGCGCUGGCGAAUCGUAACUGUUCCCCCGGCAUGCUAAGGUAUUUGUUGGAGAGAACAAGCGAUCCUACGCUCGUAGAUGUCACCGACUUUUCAGCAAAUAAUAGCGAUGGUCGAACCGUACUUCACCUUGCCAUGGCGAAUCGUAACUGUUCCCCCGGCGUGCUAAAGCAUUUGUUGGAGAGAACAAGCGAUCUUACAUUCGUGGAUGCGUCUGGAAACACCCUCCUCCAUCAGUAUCUUUCUAAAGAUGCAAAUUGCGACGAAGAGGUGGUAAAGACUUUGGUAUAUGUCACCGACUUUUCAGAAAAUAAUAGCGAUGGCCGAACCGUACUUCACCUUGCCAUGGUGAAUCGAAACUGCCCGGACAAUGUGCUAAAGCUUUUGUUGCGGAACUCGAGAAGUAGCGAUCUUACGCUCGUGGAUGCGUCUGGAAACACUCUCUUACACCUUUAUCUUUCUAUAGAUGCAAAUUGCGACGAAGAGGUAGUAAGGACUUUGUUAGAAGCGAUUGAUGUCUCGACGGAAAAUAGCCAAGGCUUAACGUUACUAGAUGUUGUGGUCCGUCGUGCGAAUCUCGAUGAUAAGACUCUAAAGGUUCUCCUGAAGAAAUUUGAAUUAGUCGGUUACUUUAGGAUACCAGAUGGCAAUAAGAUUAAGGCUGUGCUGCACGUUACGGCCAGGAAACGAGAUUUAAAAUUACCUAUGCCACCGAUGCUUUAUAAAGCUGUCGAACUUGGAACCUCGGGAGUCCUGUGCCAAUCACCUAAAGAGAUUGAUAGAUACAACCACGAUGAAGCACCGGUGCUAUCACCAGACGAUAGUACUUGCAUUAGCAAGUGCCCGCGGGAGCUUAAAUUCAAUUGUGGUGAUCAGAAAUGUUUGACAAAGUCAGGAGUAUCUUCGUUUAGCACGCAGGUACAAAUCCCUACGUUUUCUGACAAGCCCGAUCAAUCCAUCUUUCCUUAUAUCUCCGCUGAAAGCUUCGAAACGUCGAUGAGGGCCCUGCUUGCUGGAACAAGGCUUGAAGACACACCAUUCACGGCGGCAAGUCAUCUAUAUCUAGAACUGGAUAAAAUAAUUAACCUACUACACUGUUGUGAUUGUUGCCUCGAAGUUCAAGAGGAAUGCGGUCAACCAUUACUUCAUACUUUCCCACUCAGUCCACAGACGAAUGCCAAGGAAAGAAAUUUGACAGGGCCUGAUGGCAUCCAAACAUGCACCAACACGCACCAGAGGAGGGCGAGAGCAAAGGGAAACAAGACAGCUAACGCCUAUUACGAUAAGCAGCCAGAGCUCAAGGAGAAGCACCCCGGCACUGGAGGAGCUCAAGAAGGAGAAAUUGCCUGA